AUGGAGAAGUCCGAGAAAGCUGCUGGAUUUGCUUGCCCGUCCGAGAAAGAAGAAACUACAGGAUUUUGCUUGCAAGAGCAAGCUUAUUUUGUGGAAGAGUUCGAUUUUGCAGAUGUACAAGAGGAUCAGGGCUUCGACUUGAGUGUGGAUGAAGAUAUGCUGGACUUUAGCUGGUUGCCUGAUGCUGCUGCCGCUUCCUCUAGUACCAAAGUUCAGCCUGACGGGUUUUCGCUAGAGCUGGACGACGUGGAGGAGGAGGGCACAGAGGACUUGCAGUGGAAACCUGGGUUGAACGUGGGUGCAUUUGUGCGCCGACGGUGGGCCCCAAUAACAAAUCAAUCUUGCGUUCUUCUUACGAACCUGACAUUGAACCUGAAAAAGGUCAUGCGGGUGCUAGUCAGAGAGAUUCUGGGAAACAGUGCCCAUGGACUCCCGGAUGAACACGUCAUCAGGAAUCUGAAGCGAUGCGAGCUGGCAGGCUUGUCUGUGGGUGAGAAAUACCACAGUUCUCAAUUUAUCCGCUUGGUGGAGCACCUGGGGGCAAUGUCGCUGCGGAUGCUGGACAGCAUUGACAUUCACAGCAGGCUUCCGGCACUGGGUGUUGCCAGCCACUUUUCUUUAAGCUGGGACGGCGGUAGUCUUGGACGUGCGAUGUUCAGCAAGCACGAGAACCUGCUGGCCAUCAAUUUGUCGUUCGUCAAUGUCCAGACCGGGCAGUUGGACGCGCGCCUCAUCGGAUGCCCCAGCAGCGGACAGUUCCAUGAUGGUCAGAGUCAAGCCGCCUUGGUUUCUGAAACUUUGAAGGGUCUCCCUUAUCACAUCGGCACUGAAAAUCUGCGUAGAAGAUUGGCAGCAUGCGGAGGAGACGGAGCGAUCACCAGAGGAGGACCGGAGGCGCGACAUUCCAGCACAAAGUCGGCCGAAAUCUUCUGGUCAGAAUGCAAGGGUGCAUGCGAGCCCGUGACGGUUUGGGGUUUGUUCCACCGCUCGGACAUUGCACAGCAGGCAGCUGCCCAGAAGAUACCCAUGCUCGAGGAGUUGCUAAACAUUGCUGCUGAAUGCAAUCGUUUGUUCGGUGUGAAUGCCGGCAAAAUAAUCCUUCGUGGUGUUGCCGAGCAUUUCAAUGAGCGAGCUCUAACAGUUGACCAGCUCUCUGGAACCAGGAAGUUGGCCUCUCUGUCGGGUGCGCCAGCUCAUUUGUACAGAAAUUACAAGCUGUACCACGGUUCAUUGCUGGUCCGACUGGAGCAGACAGAGCGCAAUGUGGGGUCACAGACCAAGCAAAGCCUGACCAACUUGUGUCGUCGGCUCAGCGAUGGCACUUUCAUUGUCUUCAUGCUGGUCUAUGAGGACAUUGCCAGCCGCGUACUAGCGCCCUACACACGCGAAGUGGAGAAGACUGCGCUGGAGCCAUGGCUACAGGUCAAGCUAGGGCAGAAGCUGAAGCAGACGCUGGCAGAGAGACGUGUCCACCUGCGGCACAUCAGGACAAGUGUAGUGACAUAG